UGGCAUUAGAGCUGUAUAAACUCAUAUUACGGCAAGCAGGAUGGUUCUGUAGAAAUCACUGAUACAUUAUCAUAUGUUUUAAACGAUUCGAUUAUGCAUAUACGCUGCAGUUAUUGUCUGAUUUACUAGAAAUUUUCGUUAAACCGUUUCAAAGAAAUCCUUAACGAUGGAAGCCGAAGGACAAAGGCGCAUAUCGGAAUACUGGGGGAUUGCUUUGUGUUUGUCUUCGCUGCUGAGCUUCGGUGAGCAGGUUUCAACCCAAAUAAGAUACUCCAUUCCUGAGGAGGUAAACGAGGGUUAUGUCGUGGGAAAUAUCGCAAAGGAUUUGGGUCUUGAUGCAAAUACCUUGGUGGAUAGGCGGUUCCGUAUAGUCUCUGGAUCUAAAGAUGAUUUUUUUCAGGUAAAUCAAAACAAUGGAGAAUUUUUUGUCUAUAAGAAAAUCGACAGAGAAGAGGUGUGUGAUGGAAAUAGCAUGUGCUUGAUAAAUUUGAAAAUCGCCGUUGAAAAUCCACUUGAAAUACAUUAUGUCGGAGUUGAAAUCACAGACGUAAAUGACCACAGUCCGCGUUUUCCAGAGAAAGAACAGCAUUUUGAAAUGGCUGAAAACACUGUCGCAGGUGCACGUUUCGAACUCCAAACGGCAAGAGAUCCUGACAUUGGAAGUAAUUAUAUUCGCUUAUAUAAACUGGCAAAGAACAAUCAUUUUGACCUGGAAAUGAGGGACGGCGACGAAGAAGAAAAAAAUCCAAUUUUAGUGUUACUUAAACCGUUAGACAGAGAGCAAAAAUCAGAGCACAGCCUUGUGUUGACUGCUGUGGAUGGAGGCAGUCCCCCGAAAUCAGGCACUUUAAUGAUUACUAUUAAUGUUCUUGAUAUUAACGACAACCGUCCAGUCUGCAAUAAAGAUAUUUAUUCUGUUACUGUUCCAGAAAACACACUUAUAGGUUCCGUCAUAGCACAAGUCAACGCUACUGAUUCUGAUCAGGGUUUAAAUGGUGAUGUUUUUUACACUUUUGGUAAAACUAGUAGACGAAAGGUGCACGAAACAUUUAGCCUAGAUAGUGUCUUGGGUGAAAUUCAAAUCAAAGAGCCAAUUGAUUUUGAGGAGAACGAGAUACACAGACUGACCGUCCAGGCCACAGAUAAGGGCCAACCUCCGAUGACUUCUGACUGCAGAGUCAUUAUAAAGAUCACAGACGAGAAUGAUAAUAAUCCCGAGAUAGAGGUGACGUCACUUUCAAACAUAAUUUUUGAAGAUUCAAAACCAGGAAGUGUAAUAUCUCUCAUCAGUGUGUCAGAUAAAGAUUCUGGUCUUAAUGGUAAGGUUUUGUGUAGUGUUUCAGACAACGUUCCUUUCGAGUUAAAACCAUCAGUUCAGGAAAAUAUGUAUUCUUUAAUCACUAAAGAGCGCUUGGACAGGGAAUUUGUCUCCGAUUAUAAAAUUACAAUUAAAGCUACUGAUCUGGGUCUGCCGCCUCUUUCAUCCUAUAAAACCAUUACUGUACAGGUGGCUGAUAUUAAUGACAAUAAACCAGAGUUUAUCCAAAACCCCCUCGAGCUCUAUUUAGUGGAAAAUAACACGCCGGGUGCUUCGGUGUUCUCUGUGAGCGCGUCAGACAAAGAUCUAAAUGAAAACGCAGUCAUUGCUUACGAUAUUAUGAGAGGUGAUCAGACACAAAGUGACAGGACUUCAUUCAUCAAUAUUAAUUCUGAAACUGGCAUAAUUAGUGCACUUAAAAGUUUCGACUUUGAAGCUGUGAAAACGUUCCAAUUCAACGUGCUCGCGACAGACUCUGGAUCUCCGUCUCUGAGCAGUAACGUGACAGUCAAAGUGUUUAUUCUCGACCAAAAUGACAAUGUUCCAGUGAUCUUAUAUCCGGUCAGCGCCAAUGGUUCAGCUGAGGGUGUGGAGGAGAUUCCCCGCAAUGUGAACGCAGGUCAUUUGGUGUCUAAAGUCAGAGCAUACGACGCAGAUAUUGGAUACAACGGCUGGUUAUUAUUUUCACUGCUGGAAGUUAGUGAUCACAGUCUAUUUAGUUUGGAUCGAUAUACAGGACAGAUAAGAACCCUUCGCUCAUUCACAGAAACAGACGAGGCUCAGCAUAAACUGGUCAUACUGGUGAAAGACAAUGGGAACGUUUCUCUUUCAGCAACAGCGACUGUUAUCGUCAAAAUUGUGGAGCCCAAAGAGGCUUUUGCAGCUUCUGAGGUUGAAAACUCAGUAAAAGACGAGGAGGAAAACAACGUGACAUUUUAUUUGAUCAUCACAUUGGGUUCUGUCUCAGUGCUUUUUAUCGUCAGUAUCAUCGUGUUGAUUGUAAUGCAGUGCUCUAAAUCUACUGACGAUUCUUCCAAGUAUUUACAAGAUAUGAAUUACGACGGGACUCUCUGCCACAGUAUUCAGUAUAGAUCCGGGGACAAACGGUACAUGCUAGUUGGACCCAGGAUGAGCAUUGGUUCCACUCUAGCACCUGGCAGUAAUAGAAAUACUCUAGUGAUACCAGAUCGAAGGAGGAGAGAUUCUGGGGAGAAACAGACGAGGCCCAGCAUAAACUGGUCGUACUGGUGAAAGACAAUGGGAACGUUUCUCUGUCAGCAACAGCGACUGUGAUUGUCAAAGUUGUGGAGCCCAAAGAGCCUUUUGCUGCUUCUGAUGUUAAAAACGCAGUAAAAGACGAGGAGGAAAACAACGUGACAUUUUAU